AACAGACACCAGUGUAGCCAGCAGGCAGAUAACCAACACACUAACCACCCGUCUCGGUCCAUCGAAACUCAGACAACCAACACACUAACCACCCGUCUCGGUCCAUCGAAACUUACAAACAUGGUCUGCUGGAGGCUGUAUCACAGGACUGAAAACUGCAUCGGUAACAGCUUUCACAAGUACGGAGUGCUUGUGGGGACAUACCCCGUGAUCGUGUUGGCCAUUUCAAUCGCGGGGUCUUGUGUGCUGGGGGUAGGACUACUCAAUCUUACAGUGGAGACUGAUAUCGAGAAGGUUUAUACUCCACCAAACAGCCAGGCCUCCCAGGACCGAUCGUUGUUACAGGAUAUAUUCCCAGACAGCUCCGGUUCGGACUUCAACUCGUACAGUAGUAUCAAUGCUAACAUAUUUGGUAGUGUUAUCUUCCGUAGAAAGGAUUCGUCAAAUCUGCUGAGUCUCGACAACAUCGAGGAGAUUCAGACAAUCUAUAAUUCAAUAAUUACAAAUGUCUUAGGAAACGGGAGGGAUUAUUUUUAUUUGUGUGCGGUACAAAACUCAAGUUGUGCUGUUGAUGGCGAAAUUAUUUUUACUAACAAUUUUGUACAGUUACUUCAAAGAGGUCGACUUACGUUCCCGGUUCUUGAAACACACCACAUUGAAUCUGUGUUUGGCGAUGUUGUCGUAGCAAAUGGUAUCUUGGUAUCUGCAAAGUUGAUAAAACUAACAUUGAAUUUACGACAUGAUACCAAGGCGUACAGAGAAGAUUCCAAAUCAUGGGAAGCAGCGUUUAUGUCCUUUAUGAAGAACGUGAGCUCUUAUUCAUUGGAUGUAACGUUUGCCCACUCCACUUCGUUAGACGAUGAAUUGUCAAAAAACAUAAAAGGAGACAUUGUUUUGGUGUCUGUGACCUUUACACUAAUGAUAAUUUACGCCACCUUAGUAACCACGAGCUGUGACCCAAUACUGGACCGGCAAAACCUUGGGCGAGCCGGUGUCCUAGCAACCGGACUUAGCAUCCUGGCCUCGUUUGGUCUGGGUAGUGCCUGUGGUGUUGAAUUCGUCAGUAUCGCUGGUGUGAUGCCAUUUUUGAUUCUUGGUAUAGGUAUCGACGAUAUGUUUAUUUUACUGGCCGGCCUAGCGAAUGCCCCCCUGAAAGACACCAUUCCUAACAGAGUCGGUGACAUGAUGCGUACCAGUGGUGUGGCAGUCACGAUCACAUCUUUCACAGACAUAUUUGCCUUUGGUAUUGGAGCCUUAUCCGUCUUUCCCGGUGUUCGCAAUUUUUGCAUAUACACAGGAUUGGCGGUCUUCUUUUGUUACAUAAAUUUCGUAACAUUUUUCGUCGCCUGUGUCGCGAUCAAUGAGAGAAGGAUGAGUGACCAACGGCAUAGCUUCACGUGUAGGAGAAUUCGACUGAAGGACGAAAUGAGCGGCGAGUCAGCACUGAACCGAUUUUGUUGUGGCGGGAGGGUGCCCUCGUCUAAGGAAGACCUCGAGAGCGUUAUAGAGCGGAAUCCUGGGAAAUUACUCUCUAAAUUUGUCACUUUGCUUCCUGUUAAAAUUAUCACACUGGUUUGCUUUUCAGUUUAUCUGGGAGUAUCAAUUUAUGGUGUGACAAAUUUCAAACAAGGGUUUGAUAUAACUAAUCUAGUAGCGGACGAUUCCUACUUUUACGAAUACAGUACACUUAAUCAGCGAUAUUUCACUCAGAGGAUACCCGUGUCCUUCGUUUUGACACAGCCUUUGCGGUAUUCCGACACGCGCACCAUCUCCGCUAUCAGUACUUUAGUGAACAACAUCACGAGUGAUGAAUCGAUGAACAACCAGCUUCAAAUCAACUGGUUCAGUAGUUAUCGCUCUUCUGCUUUCUUUAACGGUUCGUCAGAGGCCCAGUUUGUGACGAACCUGAAAGCAUUUUUACUUCUUCACCCACAAUUUCGGACCGACAUACUUUUUGAGGAUACCCGAGAGGCUAUUCGUGCUUCGCGAAUUUACGCCUUGACCAAUGACCUGAAAGAUUCCACAGAACAGGGGGAGUUGAUGCAAAGAAUGAGACAAAUAGCGACCAAGUCGUCCCUCGAAGUCAUUGCGUACUCCCCACCUUUCAUUUUUUAUGAGCAGUAUGUCGUAAUUGUGUGGUCUACCCUGAAGACCGUCGGGAUGGCCGUCGUCGCGAUAUUCAUCAUUACAACCCUCUUCAUGCCAAGUCCGUUACUCAUACUGUACGUUACGGCUACCAUGGCGAUGAUAAUGACAGGAAUUUUUGGCUUUAUGUAUUUCUGGAACUUAACCCUGAGUUCAAUCACGAUGAUUCACAUCAUCAUGAGUUUAGGCUUCUCAGUAGAUUUCAGUGCACACAUCUGCCAUGCAUACAUGACAGUGGAAGGCCAAACACGUGACAUAAAAGUAAAGAACGCUUUACUGCGUGCUGGUGGACCUAUCCUUAACGGAUCCGUGUCAUCAUUGCUUGGAAUAUUAAUGCUGAUAUUUUCGCAGUCUUACAUAUUUCAAUCAUUUUUUAAGGUGAUGCUGCUUGUGAUUUUGAUUGGAAUGGGACACGCCCUCUUUUUUCUCCCCGUUGUCCUGUCGCUCAUUGGUCCGUUGGAUACUCUUCUUCCCAGUAGUACUUCCGAGAAAAAGCCAUUAAAUGGUAACACAUUUACCGGUAUCCAGGACAAAGCCAGUUUACCUACUGGCUUUAAUAAUGAUGCAAAGAGAGCAAGUGACUUUAUCGGAUCAAAUGUUGGGGUGACAGUGUAAAUGGGAUUAGUUAUUUUCUUUUCUCCGCCGUGGGAUCUGUUUCCUAUCACAAACCCUAUGUUUACUUAUUGUUAAGGGCGUCUCGUUUAACCUUCUUCUGCUCACCAAAAGCACCCAGGAAGUAGCUUUAAUUGAUUUGAUGAGGUUUUUCAAAUCCAUAACCCUCCUCCCCAUGCUGUCCCCCUUUCUACGACGUGAACCAAGACAAUAUGGUAUACACGGACAGCAAUAUGGUGCGACAAACAACUUGACGUCACACGUGACGAGCAGUAUAGUUAUACGAUCGAGAUUCCUGAAACGCUAAAAUGAUGUUUUAAACUUAGUAUAUUGACCUGUCAAAUGUAAUGAUUUUACCUGCUAUUUUGAGAGAAAUAUUCCCCUUCGGGUUAUAUACUUUAAAUAAACAUUAUAUCUGUCUUAUAUAAAUUUGGCUGUCUCCCUUUUUUUGUUAAUGAAAAUGCAUUUCAUCAUAUUAUAUUUUGAAUGUAUUUUAAGUCUACCAAGGUGAAGUCCCUGUGUUAAGAUGUCGCGGAUAGCACGCGGGGACGUGUACCUCCGCGCAAUGACCAUCGAUGUCCUUUAACUCACGUGAACAAUAGUCCAAGUACUGUAUAUGUAUGCACCAUACGUAUAUAUGGUCAUAUACUUUCCUUAAUUCAGUAGAAUUAUAUCAUUAUAUAAUUAAGUGUAUCUCGAUACUUUUCUUCAGAAUGUCAUUACAUCAUUAUGUGUAUCGUGCUAUUUUCAUUCAAUAGUACUUAAUUAUGAACAGCGUACUGGUAUCUAUAGACGAGUGUCAGUAUUCAAUAUGGUAUAAUCGCGAUAGUUCAGCAGUGUCAGUUUAUACCUAUGUACCCCGUCAUAUCUUCACUUCAGUAUCAGUAUAUGAUUGUAUGUAUAAUUUAGUAUAUAAUUAUAAGAUACUGGGUAAUUACCUUGUUAUUUUUAGUCGACUGGCGGUAUUAGUAUAGUAUAUCAUUAUAUAUACCGGGCUAUCCGGCAGUAGUGUUAAGUAUAUAAUUACAUAUUCCGUGAAAUUUUCCAGUCAAGUUUCAAACCUGUGUCAUACUAUUUUCAAUCGGGUGUCAUUAUAUGAAUACGUAUACCGUGUUAUUUUUUGUCGGGUGUCAUGAUAUAAUUAUAUAUACCGCACGUUUUUCGUUAUAUUGUUUGUGUCGAGUGUCCGUAUAUAAUAAUAAAUUCUGUAUUAUUUUUAAUCCAGAUUCAGUAUACAAUGAUGUAUGUCGUUUUGUUUUCACUGUAAUGUCCUAAAUAAAUAUAUAUGCCGUGUUAUGUGUAUACUGUGC